UUGAAACUUUUGAAAUUGGAAUUGGGUUUCUUCAUGUCUUAAAGCACUUCAAAAACGUACCGCAACGUAGGAGGGCAAAAACACACCGCUGGUCUUAAGACAGAAAAGCAACGCAAGCAACCUACAAGGAUAGUAAAAGUAUUGUGUACAUAAAAAUAAAAAGGAAAGGAAGAAAACCAGAAACAAGCUUAACGUGUCUCGUGACUGCAGUGCAAUUCGGAAAUAUUAGAAACAUGGGCAUACAAGACCUGCAAACUUUCCUGGACGGCAAUUGCGUGCAAGGUGGAUCCGUACCUGUGGACUUGUUGAAAAUAGCGCGCAUGGUCGCGCAGAAGUCGCAGCGCAACCGCGUGAUUAAGGGGCAGCAGCUACACAAUUUCGGCAAAUUGAGGCUUGUACUCGAUGGGGAGUGUUGCUUGGAUCGACUGUACGGUGGAUUCUUUUCAGAUUGGGCCUGCGGCGGACAAUGGAAUCGUAUGCUCCAGUUCCUCGCUGUUCUCAUACAAGCAAUGGAAAUGUCGGGAUUGGAGGUAGCUGUGUUCUUUAACGGAUGUUUUGAGCCCCUUCGGAGGGCGGAUUGGGUGCAACAGCAGUUGCAAGUGCGCGCUAAGGUCAACAAUGUCUUGAAACAUAUAACAACGAAAGGUACGCCGCCACCGAAAAUCUGGUGGACUCCUCCUGUAUGCUUAAGAACCAGUUUACGUAUGGCUCUCAGGCAUCUCAAUGUCACAGUUUUAUGUAGCAUGGAUGACCACCACCAAGAAGUCAUUGCUUAUUGUCGUGAGAAUAGUUACAAUGGACUGAUAGCUGACGAUGCAGAAUACGCUGCAUUCGAUCCCCCGCGCUAUUUCUCAUCCGAACAAUUGAAACUUACAUACAAAGGUUCUCUCGACACAAAAGAAUACAUGCUUUCUGAACUCACUAGAGCUCUCAACAUACCAUCUGACCGGCUGUGCAUACUGGCAGCUUUACUUGGAAAUUACAUACUGACCGAAAACGACUUGGUCGAUUUCUACAAAAGUCAUAAUAUCAGCACCAACGUGCUGAAUAAGACAAGCGUCGAGCAAAUGAUUAAGAUAAUCGCGAGCUUUGUCAGGGAACUGCCAUCCGCAGAACUGGAUGUGGUUUCGCAAAAGGUAUUCGGUUCCGUCUCCGAUCCUAGGUGUUCGAAGUUGAGACAAUCUGUUCAAUACUAUUUAAACGGAACGAAAGAGGGAUUUUUACAUUAUAAGCCUGUGAAACCAACGAAAGUUCAUAAACUGGAUUCCAAGCCGAACACACAGACUCAAUCGAACUUGUCCGACACGCCGUCAGCCUCGGAAAGUGAUUCUAAUUUGGAAACCUCGAGAUUCGCUUCUGAAACUUUGGAGAGCGAGCGCGAGAGUUUGAACGCGUACAAACAGGCGACGGCUAACGCGAAGGCGGCGCCGCAAAUUGUGAUCGAUCCACCCGGUAUUCAAGGCCAUGGGGACGCCGAUGCCAUACGUAUAGAGGAAGAGCAAAGCGACGGACAUGCCAUCAACGGUACUCACAAUCUCUUGAUAAGCUCGUCAAGUUCGAGUAGCAGCUCCUCGGCGACAUCGCCAUCUCACGCGACCGCGGAUUCCGCGAGACAACCGGAGAAAACUACCAGUAUUCCCAUCACAUCGCCAGAAGUUAUGCGUACCGCUUCGGAACGUCAUCAGAAGGGACUCAUGUCGCCGUACAUCUACCAAAUUCUCAUUGCUGGUGAAAUCAAAUUGCCGGUCCUCCUGGAAGACGAGAAUCACCGCGAAUUUCCUUCUAUUCACGUGAUUUAUAGACCAAUUCGACAAAUGGUGUACGCGAUUCUGUUUAAUCUCCAUCACCGGAUGUACCUAGCUACGAAAAGUAAAGAGAAAGGUGAUAGUGAAAAGAUCGAGAUACCGGAUGUAAUAAUAAAAGAGUGGGUAUGGUCCAAGUCCAAUCCAUAUCAGACUCCUGAGCUAGUGAAAGCGGAGCAGAUCGGUUGGGGCGUGCCUACGAUUCAACGUUUGUGGUUUGGCACAGUUAUAGAUGAUAAGCGGCGAAGACUUAGAGGUUUCCUGACUUGUAUGAGAUCGGACACGCCUCUUAUGUUGAAUACCUCAUAUGUACCGCAACAUCUGCUGGUCAUGGCCUGUGUUUUAAGAUACAUCAUGUCUUUUUCUGACAAGAUAAAAAUCUUGCGCCGUCAGGAAUUAGACGCUUUCAUCGCGCAAGCCUUUUCGCCGGAGCUUAUGAACGCGCAGUAUUUGCAGGAUCUGCAGCUUCCAUUAGUGACAUCACGCGGUGUACAGCUGGCUACCUUGUUCAUGGCUGGCGUCGAGACCGCGCUGUUAGCAAACGAUGCUUGUGGCGCGCCGAUUCCAUGGUUAAUGUGCUGUCCCUGGCUUUACUUUGACGGCAAACUGUUUCAUCAUACACUGGCCCGUGCUACCAUCGCCAAGAACUUGUUGGAACUGUGCAGCGGCCACAUUGACCGCGUUGUAAAGGUCGAGAGGAUGAGAAAAGCUAUACUUGAGGGAAUUAACGUUAUGUUUGCGCGACCACCUUUACCUGUCACGCCAGGUAUUCGUGUAUCAGUCCCCUCCAAUAUUUUGCCAGCUGGCUGUAGCAUUAACGACGGGUUAAUGCGCGGGCGUGGAAGCGGCACGUUACCGCAGCGAGGUUUAAUGCGUCGUCCAAUCCCUUCGCGUGGCGGCCAACUGGAGAUCGCUGGCGUCGUAGUUGGUCAAUGGGGCCCGAAUUACGGACAGCCUGGUCGACUACCACAACCCCUGCAGGGGCACCCCCGUGGACGAAUUCCCCCGCAGGUAACUUCUAUCGGCGGACUUAAAUACGGUCUUCCUCGUGGAUUUAAUCCGAUAAACCGACCGACGUUUCAAACACGCGGGGCUACCCGUGCUCCGAUCGCUGGACGUGGCAAGAAGACUCAAAUGAAGGUGUCCAGCAAAAAGAAAACCACUAUUAAGAAGACUAAGGAAAUUGAGAAGAAAGACAACAAGGGCCGUGGCAUCGCUGUCGAUGGAUUUACCGAUUACGAAACUCAAACCGAUAACGCUCGUGCACUACUGACGAAAGACGCACUGCCAGUACCAGGUCAGUUUGAUGACGCAGUGGAAAAUGGUAAAGGCAUGGAAAAGGGACAAGGUGAUGCACCGCUUGUCACUGCGGUUGCUACGGAAAAUUAGAUAUAAAAGGAAAACUUCUCGAAAAAUGACUGCAACUACUCCCAAAUAAUGACUCAAGACUGCUAACAAUCUACUUAUAUAUUCUGAACAAUUGUGCACCGGUAACAUUUAAGUAUUGGUCUUUGAAAUUGUUACGGAAAAGUUUUGGGUAAUUCUUAAUUAUCAAAUUUGAUAUUAUUAAGUUAUAUUUGUUAUUAAUUUAGAUUUACGUGAAAUCUACAUUUUGGCAGAUACUUCUGGGGAAAAUUUGUAUAUUAUUCGUUGAUUAUGUGGCUCAUCAAAAACAUUGUCUAACCAAACUUAAUCAGACAUCCUGUUUAUUAUCUUAACUAAACUUAUACAGUUUGUAACUGUUCUUCUGUUUAUCAUUCGGUAUAAGAAAGGUUAGGUAUAACAGGUGUUAUAAUCGGUAUUGUGACUUGCAUACAAAAUUGUAUGAAAUUCAUUUGUAAUUAUCUGACUAGUUUUUUGCUUAAUUAAAAUUGAUAUAAAAAUUUCAUAUAUUAACAAGGAAUUAAUAUAUUUCAAUCAAAACUGUUUAUUUUCUAAACAAUGAUAGUUAUUUGGAAACUAUCUGCCUCUAAAUGUUACGUGCACAAUAGUUCUAAAGCUCUGACGUGGGUCCAAAAUAUUGAUCUAAUAAUAAGAGACAAGAAAAUCUUUACUUACGGUGCCUCGAUAGCACGUGGCACGAUGUAAAGAUUUUACCCAUUCUUGACGUAUGCGAUAUAUGAUGUCCUCACUGCCAAACGUACCACUCUGUAUAAGAUAGAAAGACAAAAAUCGUGCUUGUGCUAAAAAAAAGGAAACAAUGCGAGCUGACUUCGCUCGCGUUACCAUGGAAUGGAACUCGACUGAUUAGUGUAUGCGUGCGCUAAUUUUACUACUCAGAACAAAUCGUCUCAGCUGCUAUAAGUAUUUAAUUCUUAAGAAGUGUGAUUAUUUUUUUUACACGAAAAUAUAUAUUUUCCGGUAUUAUAUGAAAUGCUCGCUGCGAUGUAUCUCAGUGACUCGAUCCGAUUGACGAAGGAAGUAGUCUGAUAUAUUGUAUAUAUGGAUACACAUACGCCAUAUUAUACGUGAUAGUUUAAUUGAUUUUUGUAGACGAAAACAAUUGUCAGAUGGGAUACUGAGAUAGUCAUUAGCACAUGGAGACUGAUGCUUUUCAUAUAGGUAAAAUAUAUAUUUAUAUAUAUAUACAUAUAUUAUUUAGAUUAGAGUUCUCAUGCAGUAUAUUAUACGUAAGUUGUGCCUGUGUAAAGUGUGUGAAUGUAUUGUACCUGAGUAUGUGAGAGAAAUUAUGAAUAUUGGAGUGCGUGUAAUUAUAAGAAUGAAUGAGAGAAAAAGGAGAACGAGUGUGAGAAUAAGAGUGAAA